AUUUUGUUUAUAAAAUAAAUGGCAUUAUCUGUGAUUCUUUAAUGAAGUUAUAAAUAUGAUAAUUGAAUAAAGUCUUAUUAAAUUCGUAUGUUUUCGACACGUUUUGAUACAAAAUGUCGUAGAAGUGUGUCUGAUGCGUGAACAGCGUUAGUUGAUCAAGCCGACUUGUUCAAACUCGUCACCAAACUUAAAUACUUAAAUAAUGCACUGUUAUAAUAUUUAAUACGAUUUUAAUUAUUUUAUGAUUUGAAUCUAUGUUAAUAUCACAAAAGAAAUGAGAUACGAAAUGUAUCGUAAACAACUUUAGGAUCACGUGAUAAAUUUGGAUAAUCUAAUUGAUUUAAUACCACAAAUGGAAAUAACACUGCCAUCAUCUGUAGACUGCACUUUUCCUCUUUAUACCUCAUGUAUUCAAAUAAAAGGAAGACCAAUUCUUCCACCUCUGAUGACAUCUCUGAGAAGACAAGAGAUGGCAGAGUAUCGCAGACAAGCUAUGAUAGCAGAAACAAGGAUUGUUAAAAGAAGAUUUGAAAAAUCCCGUCAAUUAUGCAAGAAUUUAAGUUCAAAAGAGAUGAUUGAUUCAAAAUCAGAUGAAAUUCUUCCAGAAAGAAAGUAUGAAACUUAUAAAACAAAAACAGUAGCUAUUCCUCCUGAAGAAAAUAUAGAAGAUAAAGCAUGCAAAGUUUCUCCUGAUACAGAAAAUAAUACUCAUUUCACUUGUAAUGUACCGUCUACAGAAAUUUCAAUACAAAAUUUACAAACUGGAAAACAAACCACUGAUCAAAUUAUAGCUGAGAUAAAAGAUUUUAAUAAUAAGAUAAAUAAUAUGUCUGGAAAUAAUUGGUUUUCAUCAUUAUCAUAUGAAGGUCAAGAAAACAAUCUUAUUGCUGAAAAACAAUUACAUUUUCAGCCCUAUUGUAUCAAUGAUAUUAUUUUCAAUACAAUUAAUUCUCAGUUUGAUUCAAAUAUGAAUGUGCCAAUAAAUACCAAGGUAAUUAAUGAAGAUUCAGUUAAUGUAGAAGAAUUAGAUAAUCCACAUAUUGAUGUUGAUGGAAAUUAUGCACAGAAUUUUUCUACAAAUUCUGUUAUUAAUUCUAUUGAUGAAAAUCAGAAGGAAGUAAAAGUAAAUAAAUUGCAACAUGAAAUUGAUACCGAUAGUAUUGUUCUUAGUGCAGGACAAAGUACUGAUCUUGAAAGAUAUUUAGAUAGUUCAGCAGAGACUCUUAAAACUGAUAGCACUCAAAAUACUCCAUCUUCAUUUAAAUUGACUUUAGCUGAUGACUGUAGUUCACAGAGUAAUUUAUGUCUUUCUUGUACUGACAGCAGUGAAACAUUGGUGGCAUUAAGUGUUUCAAGUGAUAAAUGUACAGAAAAUAAUUUUGUAAAUAAAUCAUAUUCAACAAUAGAGGAAAAGAAUUUAAAUUCAUCACUUGAUAGUAGCCUAUCAAGUACAGAUGAAAAUACUGAAAACACUGUCAGGCAGCAUAUCCGUAAAUCAUCGUAUACUUUAGAUGAGCCUUCUCCAGCUUUGUUGUUAGCAUUAGGUGAACAUGAAGUCUCUCAUUUUACAUCAACAAACUCUCAAAACAAUUCUGUAAUUUUUAAUUCUGUUAGUGAUUUAUCAAAUAAACAUUCAGAGAAUUUAAAUAUUAUUGCUUCAGAAAAUGAAUUGUCUAAAAUUUUAACAAAUAUUUCACUUAAUAGUGUGAAAAAUUUAUCAACAGGGAACAAUAGUGAUUUAAAGGAAUUAAUCAGUCAUCACAAAGAAACAUUUCCUUCUUCAAACGAUGAUUGUAGUUUUAUUGUAAAUAAUAAAGAAGAUAAAACACCAUUAUUGAAUGAGAUAGGAGCUAUGAAGAAAACAAUGGAAGAUCUUUUACAUGUACAAGAAAUAAAUUUUGAAAAUGCAAGACAGAAGCUAGCUAAAAUGCAGCAAGAACAAAUGGAACUGUUGUUGAAGGAACAACGCCAGCAGUGGCAACUUUUAAUAGAAGAGCUGAAUUUAGAGAACAAACAGAAUGAGAAAUCAAAUGUAACAUCACCAGAAUUAGUAGAAAAAAUUGAAGGAAAUGAUACUGUGAAUAAUAUAUCUCCAUUAAGUGACAAAAAUGAUGUCAGCAAAGUACAAACAUUCUCAGAAAUAAACACCAGUAAUGAUAAGAGAGAAUUUAGUCCAGAAAUGUUGGCCAAAUUUAACCGAGUGAGUGCCGUUGCCAAAGGAUAUUUAACUAGACGUCUCAUGAAAACAGAACGUGUCCAGAAUAUAAUUCAAACAAUUAAGGAUACUUUAAUAUGUGCUUUAAAAUUUCAUCAAGAAACUCCUAUUAAAAAAGGAAAAAUUACAGUCAAAGAUGCUGAACUUCAUAAAAGACUUAUUGCACAAUUAACAGCUGCCUGUUAUGAGCUACACGAUAUCUUUUUUAAAUUAACACCAAAAGAAAGGAUGGCCAUAAUCAGUCAGUCCAGAAAUUCUUCUAAAGAAAAGACAGAAAAAGAAAAGUCUUUCUGUAAUGUAUCAAAUACGGAAAGCAAAAAGCAGUUGUCCAGUGCCACACUAAAAGUGUUAGAAAGGAAGAAAAGAAAUAGUAAUGAUAAUUUUGAUGGAAGAAAGUCUUCAAAAUAUUACACAAAAGCCAUCAGAAGAGGAAAUGCAGUUUCCAACCGUCCAUCCAUUACACCUCCAGCCCAUAAAUAUACACAUCAGCCAUCACUCAAACAGGAACCUCAAAAAGUUUCUCGAAAGAGCACGGUGGUCGGAAAUCAUUCCUCGGCCCGUAAGAAGCUUUUGGAAAGCGCAAACACAAAGAAGUAAAUUUUUAUUUUGACAAAAUCAUUUUUGUACAAUUCUGCAGAAUAAGUCAUGUUGUUAAAUAUUUUGAAUGAUUUUUCAUGUUUUUUUUCUACUAGUUCAUAAAUGAAAGUUUUAUACAUUGAAAA